UUAUAGUUACAGAUACAAAGGAUUGGCCGGUGGAUAACCGGUGUAUGUUGUAUGUGUGUAGUUGAUAGACGUCAAGUCAGAAGAGCGGUGUAGAAGGGGAAGCAAAAUGUUUGCGAUUGUGUUUUACGCAGCUCUGUUAUUUGCUACCACAGACUCUGCUGUUAUAUUUUUUGGAAACUUUGAAAAUGAAGUGAACAGAAUUGAAGAUUGGGCAAGAGAAAAUGCUCAUGAAACAGAAGAAUGGGUGCAGAAUGAAGACAAUAUGAUAGAAAAAUGGGCAAAAGAAAAUUCUAAUGAAACUGUAGAAUGGGCUCAAGAUGAGACAAAAAUGGGAGAAAAAUGGGCAAAAGAAAAGUUGGAUGGAGCCGAAGAGUGGAUACAGAAUGAGGCAAAGACUGUAGAAAAAUGGACCAAAGAAAACUACAAUGAAGCUGAAAAAUGGGUAAAGAAAGAGAAAGAGAUUGGAGAAAAAUGGGCAAAAGAAACAUUAAAUGAGGUUGAUGGUUGGGCGCAGAGUAAACUAGUAGAGACUCAGGAAGUUGUGAAAGCUCUAAUGCCCAAGUUUAGUAGUGACAAAUGUGUGUGUUACCAUCAGACCUGUGGAUGUUGUGUCCAUGCAGAAGAACCAGAAAUACAUUUGAAUAGCACAGUUUGUGUAAAUGUGACGUACCUGUCAGAAGAUUAUGGCAUUUCUUUCACUGUUACACUAAACAACCACACACUUUACAAUGAAACUGUAUCAGUAAGAAAUCCUCCUCCGGUAUGUGCGGGAUUUCCUUACGUGAAGGAAUUGGCAGAUAUAUGUAUACGGCUGUAUGACAUAGACGCAAAGAGUCGUACAUUUCAUGCUUGUGCACGUCUAGAAGCUCGUAUGAAAUUUAUCAUUAUUGCACAUUAUGAUCUUGGAUGUUUUACUAUUGGAUCAUCAUCUGUUGAGGAUUCAAAAAAAAAGAAUGGCUUAGGCACCCACCACCCAUCUGUAAUUCUGAUUUAAUGCAUAAUAACUUUUCUUUUGGAUUUUUGUUACUGAAAAUAUCAUGACUUGUUCAUAUUGUCAAAGGAUUGUAGUUUUAGAUAAUGUUUAUAUGUUUAAGUGACUGUUGUUUUGAAAUUUUGAAGUUAAUUUUAUAUUAACACAUGAGAGCUUUAGUUUUGUUGGUGCUAAAUGAUUUGUUACGAAAUGUUUGAUUAUUGAUGUUACCAUUUUAAGUAAAUUUCUAUUAAGCCAAAGCAGAAUGAAUUAUUGCUUCUCGUGAGACUAAAAUAUAAUUUUAUUGCAUGACUAGAUAAGCCAGUAUUUGCUACUAUGUAUUGAACUGUAAAUGCAAGUGAGUGAGG